GGAGGAGGAGGAAGAGUUGCUGCUGAAAGGAGGUGGCGAAGGAGGAGCCAGAGCAGCUGCUGCCAGCCCGCGGGCACCGGGGUCCUGCCCGCUGCUGCACGAGUAGCCACGGGCGCGAUCGGUGCCAGACGUCUCCUCCUCCAUGAUCACUUUGGGAGCCGGGGGAAGACUUUGCCCGGCCGUGAGAGCUGGUCUGCGUUUCCCAGGCGCGGCAGCGGCGGCGGAGCAGCAGCAGCAGCCCGGUCCGAAUCGGAGCGGCCACAACCCGGGGCGUGUGCGCCCCGCGCGGAGCGGGCUCGGGUUCCCCACGGAAUGUCCCCGGGGCGCCUGGCGCGCUGACCCCCCAGCCGCCGCCGCCUUCGGCGCCUGCUGCCUCUCUCGGGCCGGCUCGGUGUUCGGGUCUGCAAGCUUCCCGGCUCCUGGGCAGUGGGGAAGCCCCCCGGGGCGGGUGACCUCAACUGGCCCCGACCCAGCCCUCCCCCGUGCGUAUCUCGCUUAAGAUGGCAGCGGAGUCAGGGGAACUAAUCGGGGCUUGCGAGUUCAUGAAAGAUCGGUUAUAUUUUGCUACUUUAAGGAAUAGACCAAAAAGCACAGUAAAUACCCACUAUUUCUCCAUCGAUGAGGAGCUGGUCUAUGAAAAUUUCUAUGCAGAUUUUGGACCUCUGAACUUGGCAAUGGUGUACAGAUACUGCUGUAAACUAAACAAGAAACUAAAAUCAUACAGUUUAUCAAGAAAGAAAAUAGUGCACUACACCUGUUUUGAUCAACGGAAAAGAGCCAAUGCAGCAUUUUUGAUAGGUGCUUAUGCUGUAAUCUAUUUAAAGAAGACACCAGAAGAAGCCUACAGAGCACUGCUAUCUGGCUCAACGGCCCCUUAUCUUCCGUUCAGGGAUGCUUCCUUUGGAAAUUGCUCUUACAACCUCACCAUCCUCGACUGUUUGCAGGGAAUCAGAAAGGGAUUACAACAUGGAUUUUUUGACUUUGAAACAUUUGAUGUGGAUGAAUAUGAACAUUAUGAGCGAGUUGAAAAUGGUGACUUCAACUGGAUUGUUCCAGGAAAAUUUUUAGCAUUUAGUGGACCACAUCCAAAAAGCAAAAUUGAAAAUGGCUACCCUCUUCACGCCCCUGAAGCCUACUUUCCUUAUUUCAAAAAGAAUAACGUGACUGCCAUCGUGAGGUUGAACAAAAAGAUUUACGAGGCGAAGCGCUUCACAGACGCUGGCUUCGAGCACUACGACCUCUUCUUCAUAGACGGCAGCACCCCCAGCGACAACAUCGUGCGAAGGUUCCUGAACAUCUGUGAGAACACGGAAGGGGCAAUCGCGGUUCACUGCAAAGCUGGUCUUGGAAGAACAGGGACGUUGAUAGCCUGUUAUGUCAUGAAACACUACAGGUUUACACACGCUGAAAUAAUUGCUUGGAUCAGAAUCUGCCGGCCAGGCUCCAUUAUAGGACCGCAGCAGCACUUCCUGGAAGAAAAACAGGCAUCAUUAUGGGUCCAAGGAGACAUUUUCCGAUCUAAACUGAAAAAUAGACCAUCCAGUGAUGGAAGUAUUAAUAAAAUUCUUUCUAGCUUGGAUGAUAUGUGUAUUGGUGGAAACUUAUCUAAAAUACAAAACGUGGAAAGAUUUGGAGAGAAUAAUUUUGAAGAGGAUGAAGAUGUGGAAAUGAAAAAUAGUAUAACCCAGGGAGACAAACUACGUGCCUUAAAAAGUCAGAGACAACCACGCUCCUCACCAUCCUGUGCUUUUAGGUUGGAUGAUAUGAAAGGGCCCCCAAGAGCGGUGUCCCAGCCUUUCAGAUCGAGUUCUUCUCCACAAGGAUCUGCGUCUACCUUGAAGACCUCAAAAGUGGCUUUGUCUCCUUCAGCGACAGCCAAGAGGAUAAGCAGAGGCUCUUUGUCCUCAGGUGCUGGCGUCAGAAGCUUUUCCAUAAACUCCCGGCUGGCCAGUUCUCUUGGGAACUUGAACGCUGCCAUAGAUGAUCCAGAGAACAAGCAGACCUCCUCGACCUCGAAGGUGGGUUUCGUAGCCAACCCCUUCACCAACCUCUUGAAUGGCAGCUCCCAGGCACCCGCCAGAAAUUGCCCCGAGCUCAACAACAACCAGUACAGCCGGAGCAGCAGCAGCAGUGGGAGCCCCCUGAGCACCCAGCCGAGCACCCAGGGCUCCAAGACCGAGGAGCACGCCACCGCCCUCCGGCCCUCCUACACUGGCCUGUCUUCUUCCUCAGUGAGAUUCCUGAGCCGCUCAAUCCCAUCCCUUCGGUCUGAAUAUGUUCAUUACUAAGGCCUUGCCACUCCAGCGAGAGCUGUUCCGCCCUUAGACACAAUUUCUUCAUCUGGACGAGCAAUGUCGAGGGAGAGCAGCUGCUUGCUGGAAGAAUACCUCUGCCUUCUUACCUUUAAUUAAAGAGAGCGCUAAGAUAAGACCUUCAAGAGACUUGAAAUCAGAAAACUCUGGCUAAUGACUACUAUAAAUGCACUGAAACUGUGUUUAUGGAGACGUCAACACUUUUUAAGAUAGUUUCAAUGUUGAAUUUGGUAUUUCGAAAGGUUAUUUUUAAUGUAUUUCUGUAAUACUUUGUUAUUACAUGUACAGUGUUACAUUAUGUAUGUAUUGUGAACUUUAAAAGACUAUUUUGAUAAAUUUAUAAAUAUAUAAAAUUAUGUAAAAACUAGACUAUAUUUUGACUUAGAUUUUCUUGCCGUUUGCUACCAAAAAAUUUGUAUUUUGAAUUUGUUUAGUAUGGUUUUGUCUACAAUGAAUAAAUAAUUCCUCUUUAUUAAGAAAAAGUAAGGGAGAAUGUGUUUAGAAAGUGAUUUUUAUGUUCCCACUAUGAGUAUGGCAGAUCUGUUCAUUCUUUUGGGAAGUCAGUCUAAUUUAACGAGUUUAUCCAAAUUUAUCUCUAGCAAGAGUAUAAUUAUUUGAUUCGGUGUAUUUAGACCAUUUCCUUUCCCUUUGUUUUUGCUUCUGAGCCACUUAGUUUGGCAUCUUUGGGGCUCUAACAAAAUUUCACAUCCGGUUGAAGAUCAGAAUUCGUUGGGUGUUUCCCUCAAAAGCAUAGUUUUUCUCUAUGAAAUGACUCAACAUUCCAAAUGUUUUUAUUUCUUUCCUCCUCUCAAAAGAGCUCUUAACUCAAUUAGAAUAUUCUGCUUUUGGUACAAGGUGGUUGUUGCCUGUAAUCACACAUGGUCUGGCACCAGUUUUAAAUCAAUGAAGAGAUAAAACUGAAAAAGAUGCUGCUAAGGAGUUCUCUGUAUUAAAGGAGUUAUGUUUAAAACGAUUGCAAACCCCUGACGCACAAGCUAGCGUGUCAAAAACCUAACAUGAAAAUGAAGGGACUCCUUGUAGGUACUCGCAGCCCUUCCGUGCAAGUGUUAGCUUGUAUGUAGACUCCAGAAGCCCGUAGGCUUCAUUUCUGUGGGGAGUUGGGGAGCCUUUGACUCCAAUUCUCUUCCGUGCUGCUUGCGAAUGGACUACUCAGAGACAGUUAAAUGGAUUCACAUGAAGUGCUUUUCUCUCAACCAUUGAGUUAUUUAUAAUGUAUUUAUUAGGAGGGCUACCUUGAGACUAUUGUACGUGCUUCAGCAAAACAUCUUAUUCAUGUUUUACAUUUUAAAAAAGGCAUUUGAAUGAAUGUUUGACUCAGGUUUGUUGACUUCAAUAACUACAGUACCAAAUAAUUGCACUAAACUGAUGAAAAAUGAAUUGUACGUUUUAAGAAUCAAAAACGAAAAUAAGUGGAAUUAAAUUGUGUACCUUUUCUAAAGCUGAAAUAGCAAAAUAUUUUAUUAUGAGUUAUUGUAAAAAUAGAUUGGUUAAUUGUAUAGGAAGAUGAUAGUAUUUUUUAAAAAAAUUAUCCGUGAAAAGUAAUUCAGAUAACAUUUAAGAAGUGGGGGAAAGGGAACCAUAUUGACAGUUUUAGUUCUGUGAACACUAAUUUGUGUGCAGCUAUUAAAUGAUUGUAAAAUUGACUACUGUAAAUUUUCCACAAUUAUGUGUGUAUAUUAGUCAUAUGUAUCUACAUGUGUAUGUCUUAAAAUUAUUUAUACACAUGUGCAUACAUAGACAAACCAAGAAAUGUAUGUAUAUAAUACAGAAAGUAUAGCACAGUAAUUCUACUCCAAUAAUAAACAUUGUUUGACACAUAUUUUGUUAUGAAUAGUUUACCUUCCAAAAGAUAUUUUGUUCUAUUUUGAAGUGUAGAAGAAUACACUGCUAAUAAAUAAUAAAAGUUUU